AUGGCCGCCGAAACAUCGACCGCCACUAACGGCGCCUCCAAGUCCCUCGCCGCCAUGUUGGAGGAGCAACAUGCCCGCGAUGAAGCCCACAAGCCCACCGUUGAGGAGGUCGUGGAUGAGGAGGACCUCAAGCACCCUCCUCCCUCGGCGACUGCCAAUGACCAGCUUUUGCCCCCUAUCUUGUCCCCCGCCUCGACCGCCACCCCGGCACCUGCCCCGAAACCGGCUCAGAAGAAGGCACCCGCCUUUGACGUACAAUCGGAGGAGUUGUUCCCUGCCCUCGGCAGUGGACCGAAGCCGGCUGCUCCUGCGGCGGCUACGUGGGGUGCGAAGAAGCCCUCUGCGGCAGCGGCUGUUGCCAAUGGCCGCCCGUCUCAGGCAAUGGAUGUCCCUCGGGUCAUGUCCCUCCCCGGAAAGCACAUGGAACAGCUUCGACUCGCCCCAUCCCAGAUGCACCCCCGCGGCCUGCUGAAGAAGCCCAUCAGAGAUAUCCUGCGUGAUAUCUCACGGAGGUCAAAGGCUACCGUUGACAUGCGCGGUGGUCCUGGUGGCUCGAUCAUCUUUGAAGGCAAGGGUUCCGUGGACGCUGUUCGCCAGGCUCUCAAGGAAGUCGCGCAGCAGGUUGGAUCCAAGCAAUCCGUCCGCGUUCCCAUUCCUGCCUCUGCACGAGCCCACAUCAUUGGCCGUCAGGGCUCCGUGGUCCAGGAUAUCCAAACCCGUACUGGUGCCCGUGUGCAAGUCCCUCGCGCUGACGAGAACGGUGCCGCCCAUGAAGAUGACGACGACGAUACCAUUGAUGUCUUAAUUGAGGGUGAUGCCGUGGCGGCGGAGAUGGCGCGCCGUGAGAUCGAGGCAAUUGUCAAGGAACGCGGCUCAAACAUGAGCCUGCGCUUGAAGACGAUUCCCCCCGAGUUCUUCCCCUUCAUUGCUGGUGUGCACGAUGCGCAAUUGCGAGAGAUCGAGGAGCGCACGAAGGCGCAGGUCCAGGUUCCCCGCUACGACACAUGGUCCACUCAGCCGCCUCCCCAAGAAGCCAACCCCGGCCAUGUGCAGUUCGUGCCUUGCGCUGACAAGCACAUCCUCAUCUCUGGAGAGCGUGCGGCCGCGCAAGAGGCCCGUGCCGAGGUCGAGCGCUUGGCUGCUGAUCUUCAGCGCAAGCUGACCCUCCGCCAGCUUGCCAUCAACCGCGGCCAGCACCAGUUCAUCCUCGGAAACGAGGCCGAUGCUCUGCACCAGUUCCUUGCACAGACUGGCUGCGGUAUCGUCCUCCCUCCUGCUAACGAUGAGAGCGAGUUCCUUACUAUCACCGGACCCCUGGACCAGAUCGAGGCCGGUAUCAACCAUGCGAUGGAUCUUGCUACCAGCAUGCAGAUGGCUAGCAUUGAUUUGUCUCGCCAGCACCCCAACGCCCCUGCUGGUUCAAACGCCCAUGCGCGCGCUCUGACUCAGUAUCUCCGCCGGCGCCAGAUCAUUAAGCAGCUCGAGGCCGCCUAUGACGCCCGCAUUGCUCUGCCCCCGAGCGUUGAUGGCCCCGUCACUUGGGAGGUCUACUCUCGUGAUGGCAAGAACACUAUCCGUGCUCGCUCCGACAUUAUGAAUCUGGUCCAGGCUCACCCCCCUUCGCGUCUCCGUCACGUCGCCGUUGACCCCUACUUCCACCCAUACCUGCGUUCUCGCGGUGCUUCCAAGCUUCAGGGUGAUUAUGGUGUUCACCUGUUGGUCCCCGAUGACAUCGACAGCUCCGAUGUUGUCCUUGUUUAUGAAGGCCCUUCUUCGUCUGCGGCCAACUUUGAGGUUCCCCGUCAACGUCCCUCUCCCGCUGAAGUUGCGGCCUUUGAAAAGUCGCUUCAGGAGGCCCAGGAGUACCUGUUGAGCGCACUUGGAGACCAGCAGGAUAUCGUCACCAAGACCGUCUCUGUUCCCGCCAAGUACCAAGAGAAGACUCGCAAGUUCAUCCUACGUGAACAGGAAACCAAGGACGAGGACAGCAUCCCUAUCCGUGCUAUCGUUGGUGACGCCAAGGGUGGAAAGUGUGAAGUUGCCCUUCGUGGACCCUCCAACUUGGUCAUCGACCUCGCCGUCAAGUUGGGUGCCUUUAUCGCAGAGCAGGAGAAGGACGACUUGGAGCGUGGAUACACCACCUCCUUCGACUUCCCCCAGAAGUAUGCCAACUUCCUGAUUGGCAAGCGCGGUGAGAACAUCAACAAGCUGCGUGAAGAGUUCGAUGUCGAUAUCAAGGUGGAGAACGGCAAGGUUGAGGUUAAGGGACCCAAGGCCAAGGCUGAUGCUGCUCGCAUGCGCAUCAUCAACCUGGGCAAGAAACUGGAGGAUGAGACCACCCACAUCCUGAAGAUCCCCGCCCAGUACCACCGCGAGCUGAUCGGUCAGCGUGGCAACCAGGUCAACCGUCUUCAAGAUCGGUACUCGGUUCGCGUCCAGUUCCCUCGCGCCACUGCCCCUGCGGAUGACCAGUCUGUUGGUGAUGCUGCCAGUGAUGCCGGUGCUACCCGGUCUGGCCGCCCCCAGCAGGCUGCGGAUGAGGUUCUGGUCAAGGGACCUAGCAAGGGUGCUGAUCAGGCUCGUGAUGAGAUUAUGAGUCUGCUCCAGUGGGUCGUUGACCACUCGCACUCUGCUACCAUCUCCGUUGCCCAGAGCCAAGUUGCCUCGCUGAUUGGUCAGCGUGGCCGUGAGAUGGACAAACUUCGCGCGGAUACUGGCGCCCAGAUCGAUGUCCCUAGCGCGAACGAUGCCCCCGAUGCUUCUGGUCGUGUGCAGAUUCGAGUCAAGGGUACCAAGCAGCAGGUCGCUGAGGCCAAGAAGGUCUUGCAGCAGCGUGCUUCUGAGUUUGAUGCGACGGUUACCAAGACGAUCAACGUGGACAAGAAGUACCACAAGGCUCUGAUUGGUGGUGGUGGUGCCAACAUCCGCAAGAUCGUCGCUGACGCUGGUGGUCCCAGCGAUGGCAGCGCUGCCCGUAUGGUUCGCUUCCCUCGUCCCGACAGCACUGAGUCUACUAUCCGCCUGGAGGGCAAUGGCAAGAUCGUGGACAGCAUUAUUUCUGCCAUUGAGGAAUUCGUCAAGGAGCGCGAGGACCAGGUUUCUGAGACUCUGGAUGUCCCCACCGCUCAGCACCGUAUGCUGAUCGGCCGCGGUGGUGAGACCCGCCGUGGUAUCGAGUCAAAGUUCAACGUCACCCUGGAUAUUCCCAAGCAGGGCUCUGGCCGCACCGACGUUAAGCUCAAGGGCCCCAGCACUGCCGUCGCCGAGGCCAAGGCCCACAUUCAGGGCAUGCUCAAGGAGCAGCACGCUGAGACUGUUGAGGUUCCUCGGAAUCUGCACCACGCCGUGGCCGACAACGGUGCUAUCUUCCGUCGCCUGCGGAAUGACUACCAGGUGACCGUCGACCACGCUGGCCAGGCUGUUCCCGCUAACCCUGCCACCGAGGAGACUCGCAGUGGUGCCAACGGCACCUCUCUGCCCCUGAUUACCGACGACCCCAGCACCGCUACCGAUGCCCACUCGUGGAAGGUCGUCGACACCAGCGCCGCCGGUGAUGCCGACACUCCUCCUUUCCCGUGGGUCCUGACUGGUUCUCCCGAGAACGUUGCCAAGGCCCGCGCCGCUAUCGAGAAGGCCAUUGCCUCCUCCAACCAGCAGUCUGCGACUGGCUACCUGAUCCUGCCGGACCCCAAGACCUACCGCUUCGUGGUUGGCCAGGGUGGUAGCCAGAUCAACGCCAUCCGCAAGAAGACCGGAUGCCGCAUCAACGUGCCCAAGAACCAGGCACAGGGCGAGGCGAUCGAGAUCCGCGGUAACGCCGCUAGUCUCGACGAGGCCCGCGAUAUGAUCCUGGAGGCCGUGCAGAACGGCCUGAACGGAUCUGGUCGGUGA